AUGGCAACGGAAGCCCUGAGCGAAGCCCUCGCAAAUGCCGGAGAGGUGGGUCCUUGGGUGCUGGUAAGUGCCGGCGUGGGAUCCAUCUACUCGCGUGUGUUUUCUUCGCGCCACGGUGCCGAAAUCGAAGGGAUGCUGCUCAUCGACCCACUGCAUGAAGACCUCCUCGAUCGGCUCGGCGCAUCUAGCCAGGGCUUUUUCCUCUGGCUUCGAGGGAUUCUCUCACCUCUCGGUUUGGAUCGCAUUCCCGGCGCCCUUUUCAAGGGACGCAACAAAGAAGACCGGGUUUGGGGCCGGGCGGCAUACCAGAGCAGCAAGGCCAUAUAUGCUAAGCUGCAAGAAAGUCUUGUGGCAAGCUCGCUAACCAGGCGCGAUGUUGCGACUAGUCGUGUCAUUCAAUACCAGGACACGCUGCUGGCAGUGAUCUCGUCAGGGGAGCAAAUCCGUCGGGAUGACGUUUGGGAGAGCAAGCAACGCGACCUUACCCAUCUCACACACAAUCUUUUGGCAUGGGACGUUAUAGACAAGGCACCACAUCAAGUGUGGAACACACUCGAAGGUCGUGCUGCAAUCGAAAAGCGCCUCAAGAAGAUGGUGCAUCAACUACCCAAGCCCAUUGUGGAUGGCCAGUGA